GCGGCGCCGAGCCGCGCCCACCCGCCUGAGAACCAGAGUAGCAGCUGCUGGAGUGGAGCCCGAGCCCGCCGCCGGACGCUAUGGGCGACCCUACAGGCUGGCCCAGUCUGUAGAAUGGUAGCACACAGUAAGGUGGCAGCCGACAAUGCAGUUACAGCAGACGCAAGAAGAAGACUCGACCCUUCUCCUCCUUCUCCUCCGUCCCAUCGGGCUGGCCGGGAACAUCCCAGCCCGCAGCCCAGACCCCAACACGGCCUGGCCCCUCAGCAUGGUGCGGUGGCCCUGGCGGCGACGACCCAGGGACAGGGGGACACUCACUUCCGAACCUUCCGCUCCCAGGCGGACUACUUCAGCAUCACCCGAGCCAGCGCCCUGCUGGAUGCCUGUGGCUUCUACUGGGGGCCUCUGAGUGUGAACGUGGCCCAUGAGAAACUCAAAGGUGAGCCGGUGGGGACCUUCCUGGUCCGGGAUAGCCGGCAGAAAAACUGUUUCUUUGCCAUCAGUGUUAAGAUGGCUUCAGGGCCCACCAGCAUCCGGGUCAACUUCCAGGCUGGUCGAUUCAACCUGGAUGGCAGCCGGGAGACCUUCGACUGCCUUUUCAAGCUGCUGGAACAUUACCUGAACUCUCCCCGAAAAAUGUUGGUGACCCCCCUGCGACAACUAAGGGUACGACCCCUGCAGGAGCUGUGUCGAAAGAGUAUCAUAGCCACCUUUGGAAGGGACAACUUGGGCAAAAUCCCGCUAAAUCCAGUCCUUAAGGACUACCUGAAAGCUUUUCCUUUCCAGAUAUGAAAAGAUGGAAGAAUGUGGUGGCAGCAUUAACUAUGGUUUUUUUUAUUUUGAGGGGGGGAUUGGUUUUCUCUUGGGUAGGGGGAAUGUGGGUAAGAGGGAGUUGAGAUUGAUUUUUGAGUGAAGAGCAAAGCCCCCUCCCCAGGAAUGAUUGUCCUUGGAUGGGGUUGUCCCACUCCUGGGUGCUUCUUCCCUCCUGCCUCAGGGGCAAUUGAGGCCCAUUUAUUUUUCCAUUGUUUUAAUGUAUUUGGGACAGGGACCUGUACACUUACCUCCCUUCCCUCCUCAUGUUUACAAACAUCAAAUAUCUUUGCACAAACCAGGGGUUUGGGGU